CGAGGCACGUGUCACCGAGGGGUGUGUCCGUGGCGUCUGCGCCGCGUUUAAAAUUGCGAGCGCGAGAUGUCCCGCAGCCCGCGCGCGCACUCCCGACUUUCACGCGCCCGUUCGCUCCGUGUCCUGGACCCCCCGUGGAGAUGGCGAACUCGGACAGAGUGGUGCUGGCCCUCGGCGGGGCGGGGGUCGUCGGGUCCGGCGUGGUGAAAGCGCUGCUGGACAGAGGUUUUAAAGUUGCAGUGAUUUCCAGAGACAGCAGCAGGCUGGAGAAACUGAGGGCGUUUGUCUCUCCGUCCACCCGAGACAAGCUGAUCACUCUGGUGGGGAACGUUGGCUCAGAGGAGGGGGCAGAGGAAGCCAAGCAGGCCCUGCUGAAGGCAGCAGGGAAGGUGACGGAUGUGGUGUCCUCUCUGGGGUUCAGCUGGUGGCAGGGUGGGCCGCCCCACACGCAGCCCCUCAAGGAGCUGGUCUGGGUUCUGGAGACCCUCUUGUUAAGCACUUUUGUAUCCUGGAAAGUGUUUUUCCCCUUGGUGAGAGACAACCCCCGCUGCACCUACACAUUCGUAACAGGGGGCGCCGGUGAGAAGGUACUGAUGCCAGGAACGGGAUUCCUAACAGUGGGUGCGGCCAGCGCCCUGGCAUUCUGCCAAGUACUACGGGAGGAGUACCCAGAUGUGCCCUGCAAACUCAAUCAGCUGAAGAUCAACUCAGGCGUGGCCCCCCCAGAGCGCAUGGCUCCUGGCUACCUAAACCACCUGGACCUGGGGGAGGCAGUGGCUGCGCUAGUUGAGCGGACCAACGAAUCUCACAAAAUCUUCUCCAUCAAUGGCCCAGAUGACCUCAAAACCUUCCUCCAGUAGGGAAGAGUGAGGGUGAAACCCGUUCAUCUACCCCCACCUCAUCCCAAUGGACCCCUCAGUCACCACCCUGGAUGACAGCACAUAUAACCCCCCUGUGAGCAUCUUCAACAUCCCCAUCCUGUAGAGCAACUUACAACUACAUCAGUGUCUUUUGGAAAGUUACAGCUCUUUUCUCUGCUACAUUUAGCCAAACCUGCAAUAAAUCACUUUAAGUGCAAACUACUUUAACCAAAAUCCGACUGCUAAUAGACUACUAGAAUUUGAAUUCUAUUGCAUCGCAACAUCCAGAAAUUGUCGUUUCAAACAUUUACAUGUAUGCAUUUAGCGGACGCUUUCCUCCGGCAUGAUGUACAACGUAGAGUUUGCAGAAGCGCGUUCCACAACGUGCUAAAUAGUUGAAGUAUCUGAACAUUAAACAGUCCGAAUGGAACGUUUCAUCCUGGGAAAAUAUUAACGUUCGUGGCAUUUGCUUGGGAUCAUGUUUGUACAUCACUGUGUGUUCAUCUCCUGAAUAAUGGUCCAGAAUGGCUGCGCAAACUAAAUGUCACUCAGUAUAUAUUUCAUAAAACGCACUCAGAUACGAUCCUACCGUUACUCAGAAACGUCCAAGAGGUGUUCCGAGACACAUUUUCAACCUCCUUGUAAUCACUAUCUGAGCUCCUCCUAAUCCAGUAUCCAGGCUGCCAAAUACAAAAGCACGUCCUUUGUCUUCAUAUCCCAGUACGGUUCAUCGGCACCAGCAACCGUCAUUUGGAUGCAUGUUACUUGUGUCCUGCAUGUUUCAAUAAACUGUGUUUUUAAAGAAAGACUUUGACUGUUCAAUGACUCUUCAUUCAUUAAACAAUAUCGCCUGCACACUCAGAAAACCUUUGAGUAAAACCGAAUACUCAA